AUGGCUCUCGCUGUGUGGCUCUUCGCUGUCGGCUUUCUCCCGGCGUUGGCAGCACAUCCCCGGGGAGAGGGAGCCUCCACCCUGGCUUUCGUUUUCGAUGUGACCGGCUCCAUGUACGAUGACCUGCUUCAGGUCAUGGAGGGAGCAGCGAAAAUCCUGGAGAGCACGUUGGACAGAGCCAGCACCCCGAUCUGGAACUUUGCACUGGUGCCUUUCCAUGACCCAGAAAUUGGUCCUGUUACUGUCACCUCGGAUUCAAAGAGAUUUCAAAGAGAACUCCGUGAUCUGUAUGUACAGGGUGGCGGGGACUGCCCGGAGAUGAGUAUGGGAGCAAUUAAGCAAGCGCUCGAAGUAUCCCAACCUAGUUCUUUUAUCUAUGUUUUUACUGAUGCCCGGGCAAAGGACUAUCAACUGACGAAGGAUGUCCUGCAACUCAUCCAACUGAAGCAGUCCCAGGUUGUGUUUGUGUUAACUGGAGACUGUGGGGAUAGAGACCAUCCUGGCUAUCGAGCAUUUGAAGAGGUAGCUUCAAUGAGUUCAGGUCAAAUAUUCCACCUGGAUAAACAGCAGGUCAAUGAGGUGCUGAAAUGGGUUGAAAGAACUAUCCAGAUUUCUAAAGUUCAUCUUCUGUCCACUGAUCAUAAGGAGAGGGAGGAGCAUCUCUGGCUGGUGCCCUUUGAUCCUAACCUAAAAGAAGUCACCAUUUCUCUCAGUGGCCCCAUGCCAACCAUAGAAAUUCUGGAUCCCUUAGGGCGAUUCAUGUGGAGAGGAUUGGGUUUGAAUGAACUGUUGAACAUUCCAAACUCAGCACGAGUUGUCAAUGUGAAAAAUCCACGGCCUGGAAUGUGGACAAUCAAGCUCCGCAGCACUGGACGCCACUCCGCACGGAUCACAGGAGUCAGUAGUAUCGAUUUCCGAGCUGGGUUUUCUACAAAGCCUACUUCAGAUUUCCAAAAGACAAGUGAGCGUCCAAUUCAAGGAAUCCCAACCCAUGUAUUGUUGAACUGCUCAGGCCUGCAUCCUCCAGGGCAGCUUGACCAAUUAGAGCUCCUCAGUACUUCUGGAGAGAUUCUGAUGAAUCUGCCCAUUAGGCCUAAUUCCAGCCAAAACACAAACACCAUCUGGAAAGUUCCAGAAUUCAUGCCACCCAACGAAAACUUCUUCUUGAAAGUGACUGGAUACAAUCGAGAAGGUUAUCGUUUUCAGCGUCUAUCCAGUGUCUCCUACACAAACCUGGUCCCUGGACCUCCGGUAGUGAGCAUGCCCAGGCAAACUCACUGUUACUACAUGCAGCCCACAUCGAUUCGGUGCUCCGUGAAGAGUCUGAUUCCAUUCACACUGAGAAUCAUCAGAAACGGGACCAGAAUUGAGUCAGACCGUCUGUUUCUGGGCUCAGUGAAUACUACAUGGGAAAUCCCAAGUGUUUCUGGAGCUGAUGAAGGUUUUUAUGAUUGUGUUGCUAUCAGUAACUCAGGCACAGGUAUAGCUCGAACAUUCUUGGUUGUCACUGAACCACCUCCUAUUGUGGAAACACCUCAAAACGUCACAGCAUUCCCUGGGGAUCAGGUAGUCCUGACGUGCAAAGUUCUUGGAAGCAUCCGAUAUAACAUUACUUGGAUGCGAGAUGGAACUGAGCUUCAGGAUGACAAUGAGUACAUUACCCCUUUGAGAAACUCGUCAUUGGCAUUUUGGAAUGUGCAGUCAGAGAAUGCUGGGCGCUAUGAAUGUGUGGCAGUCAAUAUGCAGGGAUCAAGUCAAGCCUCUGUGUGGCUCUUUAUCCCUGAUUCCCCACAUGUUACUGUCAUUCCCAGCUCACAGAACUUCCUGAGGGCAAUGGAGGUCCAAAUACACUGCACUGUCACUGGUUACCCUGAUCCUGAAGUUGUCUGGAUUCAUAAGGAUACUCUUGUGACAAAUAAUGAUAGGUUUGUCAUUAAUGAGUUUGGUACUUUAAUAAUAAAAGAUGCUGUCCGAAAGGAUGCUGGGAUUUACACCUGCCUUGCAUCAAACUCAGUUGGAACAGACAAAGGAGAAGCAAAGUUGAAAUACUUGGAGAUCCCUACAAUUACUGUGCCGAAUCCAGUGAUACUUGCUGUGGUUACAGGUGUUGCAUUGCUGGAAUGUCGAACUGCGGGAGUUCCACAACCUGAGGUCAAUUGGUACAAAGGUGAUCUGGAGCUCGCCCUUGUCCCAUUUACAGAAAUUGAUCCAGUUCAUGGUACACUGUGGAUAAGGAAAGUGCAGCAGGUGGAUGCUGGAGAAUAUACCUGCGUGGCUAGUAAUGAGGCUGGCAGAUCCUCUGCCACAAUAAUGUUAGAUGUUGGUUCUGCUCCUCAGUUCUUGGAGAUGCCCUCUGAUAUAUCAGUGACUAUUGGCAAGAAUGUGACAUUGCCUUGCAGUGCAGUUGGGGAACCAGUUCCACAGGUCACCUGGCGACGUCUUGAUGGACAGCCCAUCUUUUCCAAAACUGAUUCAAUGAGCUUUGUCAGCCAGCUGGAGACGGGCAGCUUGUUCAUAGAGGGUGUGUGGUUGGACGAUGAAGGUAUGUAUGUUUGUGAGGCGCAGAAUCUGUUUGGAGUGAUCCGUUCUGAGGUAGCAUUGACCAUCAGUGGUCUUGUCGCCCCUGAGGUAGUUGAAAGUGCCCCAGUCAUCAAUGUACUGGAGGGUCGGUCUCUAACAUUACCAUGUGUGGUACUGGCUGGAAAUCCAUUCCCUGAGCAUUACUGGUUAAAGGACAAUCAGCUGUUAAGUUUGGACAGUCGUCUGUCAAUCCGAAGUGAUGGCAGUUUCUUUAUUGAGAGAACAGAGCAAGGAGAUGCUGGAAAGUAUAUCUGCACCAUCAGAAAUGUAGUGGGAUCUGUUAAUAAGACCGUCACAGUGUAUGUUCAUGUUCUACCUUCAAUUAAACAUGGGCAAACUGUUUACAUCACUGAUGAGGGGGUGGCUGUCACUCUGCUUUGUGAAUCGAGUGGAACUCCAAAACCAACAGUCGUUUGGUCCAAGGGUAGGGAGCUCAUAUCUCGACAUGAACCACAAUAUUCAAUCGAUGCAAGUGGAAAGCUCCUGAUCCCAUACCCAUCAGCAGAAGAUUCUGGAAUCUACAUCUGCACUGCAACAAAUGUAGCAGGGGUUUCCAGCAGAGAAAUGCAGCUGUUUGUCCACACAAAACCUCAGAUUGAUGGAGUGAACCCAGAUAAUUUGGACAAACCAAUUAAAAUCACAGCCACAGCUGGGACAGAGGUGACACUACCCUGUGAAGUUCAGGGCUCCCCUCCUCCAAUUAUCAGGUGGAAGAAAGACUCGCGUCUGGUACCACUCGUGUCAGCCAGGUACACAGUCUUGCCAUUGGGGUCACUGAUGAUCUUGGACUCAAGAGCAUCUGACAGUGGUCUCUACAAAUGCUCAGCUAUAAACAGAGCAGGGAAUGCCUCACUGACAUUGCAACUCAUUGUUCAAGUUCCUCCCAAAAUCCAUCUGUCUCAUCAUCUCCUGAAGGUAAUCGUAGGUCAGUCCAUUGACCUUCCCUGCCUGGCACAUGGUGAUCCAACUCCAAAAAUCAGGUGGUAUAAGGAUGAUGAAGCCCUGCUGCAGGGUGCCACAGAUUCACUGGAUGGUCCUGAUGGCUCAAUCAACAUUGCAGACGUGGAACUCUCUGAUGCUGGGAUUUAUCGUUGUGAAGCAACCAAUAAUGCUGGACAUGAUAUGACUCAAAUGACACUGGAAGUCUUGGAACCACCGUUUUUUGCUGAAGACAUUGCCCUAAUUAAUGCCGAACAAGAGCGGUUGGCCAGAGAUAAAGUCAUACUUCCCUGCCCAGUUAAUGGAACUCCUCCACCAGUUAUACGCUGGCUAAAGAAUGGCUUAGAUCUUCCAGCUCAUGAACCAGGAAUUUCAGUACUUGAGGAUGGCUCUCUUCUCAUUGAUUCAGCUUCACCUUAUGAUAGUGGAGAUUAUUUGUGUGUUGCAAUGAAUGAGGCUGGCUCUUCCAAAAGGAAAUAUCGAUUAAAUGUCCAAGCUCCUCCUGAGAUUCGAGGAAAUGGCCAAGUACAGAACAUCACAGUGUCGGUUAAUCAGCCAUUGAUGUUGGAGUGUGAUGCCAGUGGCAGCCCAACACCAACCCUCAGUUGGUACAAAAAUGAGCAGCAGGUGACAGAGACCGGUAGGGUCCGAGUCUUGAAUGGUGGCCAUGUACUGCGACUUUCAAAAUCCCGCAAAGGCGACAGUGGAGUGUAUUCUUGCAAUGCUGUUAAUGUUGCUGGCACAGCCAAAAAAUAUUUCAAUUUACUGGUGCAGGUACCUCCCUCAAUCUAUGGAUCUGGAGUUACUCAAGAGGUGGCAAUUUUGGUGAAUUCUAAACUUGAACUCACGUGCCGUGCCAGUGGAGUCCCUUUUCCACACAUUGCAUGGAAUAAGGAUGGAGAAGCCCUAUCUCCAGGUGUCCAAUAUGUGGAGUUUACUGAAGAAGGGCAGACGUUACGCAUUCAAACAUCUCAUCUCGUCGAUCAAGGCCUCUAUCAGUGUGUUGCCUUCAACUCAGCUGGGCAGAAAAGCAAACACUUCAAAGUCAAUGUUUACGUUCCGCCUCGUAUUGAAAGUCGCUUGCACCAUCCACUGAAGACAAAAGCAAUAGUUGGUCAUUCUUUGACAUUAACCUGUUCCUCAAGUGGUUACCCUUCUCCUGUCCUCUCUUGGCUCAAAGAUGGUGUCUCAUUGACAGACAGUGACAGAAUACAAUUGAUGGGUGAAGGAAAGACCCUUAAGAUUGAAAAUGUCAGAGAGAGUGAUGCUGGCACCUAUACAUGUAUGGCUACCAGUGCUGCUGGAGAAGAACAUCUUCAAUACACUGUGGACAUCUUAGUCCCUCCACAGCUGUUGAUUGAAGAAUCUUCUCAUGUGACUGUGACCAUUGAUAAUCCUCUGGAACUGGCAUGCAAAGUGACUGGCAAUCCACCACCAAAGAUUACAUGGCUUAGGAAUAACACUGAACUCGACGGUGCCCAGGUGUCAGCUCACGGGAGCAAACUUUUUAUUCCUCGUUUGAAGUCAGUGGAUGUCGGUCGUUAUGUAUGUGUGGCCAGAAAUGAAGCAGGGGAAAGGAGAAGAGAAUUUAAUGUCACAAUUCAUGUACCCCCAGUAGUGACAAUUGUAGGAGUUGAGAAUUUGGUCAUCGUUGUUGGGAAAUCUGCGAUACUGGAAUGCACUGCAACUGGAAUUCCAACACCAUCGAUAUCAUGGUUGAAGAAUAGUCAGCUACUGACUGAAACCAGUGGGAGACUCAAGAUUGAGAAAGUGACUCAACAAGAUGGGGGUAUCUACUCCUGUAUAGCAACUAACGGGGCAGGUGAAUCUCAGCAAGAUACCAGAGUGACUGUGUACGAGCCUCCUGUUAUAAAUAAGUCUGUGGAUACAAACAAAACUGUAACAAUGAAUCUCCCAGCAUCUUUUGAGUGCCUUGCCUCUGGAACUCCACACCCUGUGUUGACUUGGUUCAAGGGGCAGAAGCUGAUCACGGAUUUGGCUGGUAGCAUCGUGUUGGAGAAUGGAAGAACUUUGAGGAUACAGAAUGCCCAGGUGUCUGAUGGCGGACAAUAUCGCUGUGUGGCAACCAAUGUGGCUGGCAGCACAGAACUGCAAUAUAGCUUAAAGGUUUAUGUUCCACCAGUGAUCUCAACUGCUCUGCACCUGGUUACUGUCCUUAUAAACCAACCCAUUGAACUUCAGUGUGAAGCGACAGGAGACCCUCCUCCUAAAAUAACAUGGUUAAAAGACAAUAUCCCUAUCUCCAUGAUGACUGAAGGGUUAAAGUUCCUGUUGGAAGGUCAGAUUCUGUCCUUAGCCAGCGCACACUUCUCUGAUUCAGGAGUGUACUCCUGUGUAGCUGUUAAUCCUGCUGGAGAGGACCAGAAGGAAAUUCAUCUGCAAGUUUAUCUUCCACCAAGUAUUCUGGGAGAGGAACAGAAUGUUUCUGUAACUUUGAAUGACUACAUAUCCUUGGAUUGCCAGAGUCAAGCAUUCCCACCACCCACUCUUCGCUGGACAAAGGAUGGUCAACCUCUACCAACGCGUGCAGAUCAUAGACUCUCUGAAAAUGCCAGUCUCUUCGAGAUCAAGAGUGCCCAAAUUCAUGAUGCUGGCCGCUAUACUUGCGAGGCUUCAAAUAAUGCUGGAAAAACAGAGAAGAACUAUAACUUACACGUCUGGGUGCCCCCAACAUUUUAUGGAUUAAAGGAACAAAUAUCUGUGACAGUAAUUGAAGGAAACACAAUGAGUUUGUUUUGUGAUUGCAUUGGGAUUCCUUACCCGAUCCUUGAGUGGCAAAAGAAUGGAAAACCACUGUCUACAGUGAAAGAUGAUCGAAUUACUGUUUCCUCUGGUAGACAAAUGCUACAAAUAUCUCGAACUCGGAUGUCAGAUGCUGGAAACUACACAUGCAUAGGGACUAAUUUAGCUGGGACAAACAAACAAGACUAUAGUGUGGAGGUUUAUGUGAUGCCCAGUAUCAAGAAUGGUGGUAGGCAGCCAACAGAAAUUUCAAUUGCCAGGGGAGCUGAGAUCACGCUAGAAUGUGAAGCUAAUGGAGUUCCAUGGCCAACAUUGACAUGGAUGAAAGAUGGGCGUCCUGUGGUGAGCAGACGAGGCAUCCAAGUGGAGAAUGAAGGGCGGUCUCUGAAAAUUCAAAGGGCACAGGAGGACAACACAGGCCGGUACACUUGUCUGGCUAUUAAUGUGGCUGGACAAUCAGACAGGAAGUUUGAUUUGAGUGUUCAUGUCCCUCCAGCUAUCAUUGGGGAGAUUGGGGUUCCAGAAAAUAUCAGCACCCUCUUGAGCAACUCGAUCUCACUGAUAUGUGAGGCCACUGGCGUCCCUCCACCUGUCUUCACCUGGUUCAGAAAUGGAUCACCUAUUGUCUCCAGUACAAGGAUGCAAAUACUGUCAGGUGGACGAACCCUUAAAUUGACUCGUGUGCUCAUGGGAGAUGCCGGCCAUUAUUCCUGUGUAGCCAGCAACAGUGUAGGGGAAGCAGCGAAGGAUUUUCAUGUGGAUGUGCUGAGUCUGCCCAGUAUUUUAAAUGAAAAUCAGGUGGAAAAGGUGGAAGUUAAGCAAAAACAGGACAUCAACAUGACUUGUUUGACCACAGGCAAUCCAAAGCCGCAAGUUACUUGGCUGAGAGAUGGUCAGGAACUGAAUGACAGUACAGAUUAUCGGAUUUCAUCAGAUGGGUCUGUUCUGGAAAUCUUCAAAGCAACUUUGUCUCAUACAGGACAAUACACUUGUGUCGCAAGUAACUCUGUGGGUGACAAAUCUAUAAAUUACCAUCUCAGUGUUCUAGUUACACCCAGAAUUCCCAAUAUUGGUAAAGAUGGCACUCCAGAGGAUGUCAUUGUUAUUGUGAAUAAUCCAACUUCAUUGGCAUGUGAAGCUGAGGCUUAUCCGAGCCCAACCAUCACCUGGCUCAAGGACGGCAUACCCUUCAAGGCUUCCAGGAAUAUCCAUCUAUUGCCAGGAGGUCGUGGACUCCAGAUUCUGAAUGUACAGGAAGAAAAUGCUGGUCGCUACAGCUGUGUUGUGACAAAUAUAGCAGGGGAAGCUAUCAAGGACUAUGAGCUCAAAGUCUUCAUUCCUCCAGUUAUAGCAAAGGACGAUCAGACAGCAGGAGGUUUUCGGGUCACUCAGGUGAAGACCAAGGUGAACACCACAUUGACACUGGUGUGUGAAUCGUGGGCAACCCCAGUUCCUGCUCUUCGCUGGUAUAAGGAUAGUCAGCUGUUGACAGGAACUGAACGUCUUCAGAUUCUUGACGAAGGACAUAUCCUCCAAAUCAGGUACACAAGGGUGUCAGACACAGGUCGUUACACUUGUGUGGCCACAAACAUUGCAGGGGAAGAUGAGAAGGAUUUUCAUGUCAACAUUCAAGUGCCUCCAAUCUUCCAGAAGCUAUAUGGUGUGAAUGCUGCCUGGGAGGUGAUAAACGGGGUGGAUGAAGCAGAGGAGAUUGUCGAGCAUCGUGAAGUGAUUGUGAACAACCCUGUUUCGCUUUACUGUGAGACUAAUGCCAUUCCACCUCCCAUUCUAUCCUGGUACAAGGAUGGUGAAGCUCUCUCUGCCACAGAUGAUGUCCUGAUUCUUCCAGGGAGCCAUAUCCUGCAGAUCCCCAGGGUCCGAGCUGAUGAUGCUGGGAGAUAUACAUGCCGAGCUGUUAAUGAGGUUGGAGAGGACCAACUGCACUAUGAGCUUGUCAUCCUGAUCCCUCCUGUUAUUCAUUCAGAAGGUGGAGAGUUUGGAGAGGAGCUGGUGUCAGUUGUUAACAAAACAGUUAAACUGCAUUGUGAGGCAGCAGGGAAGCCUCCACCUUCCAUAUUUUGGUUCAGAGACAGCCUACCCAUUGCAACAGACGCUAGACACCAACUUCUGGAUAAUGGCAGCAUUCUGCAGAUUCACGCGGUGCAGGCAUCUGAUGCAGCUGGCUACAUUUGUCUAGCAGAAAACCCAGCAGGAAGCACAAAGAAGCUUUUCAGCCUUCGUGUUCAAGUGCCUCCCAUGCUUCUGGGCCCCUCUCCAGAAAACGUCAGUGUUGUGAUGAAUAAUCCCAUUUGGUUAACAUGUGAAUACCGAGCAGUACCUUCAGCAGACAUCGAAUGGUACAAAAAUGGACAGUUGCUGCAAUCCCGCACUGACAUGCUGAUUCUCCCAGGUGGUCAUAUCCUUCACAUUCCCAGAGCAAAGACAGAACACAAUGGCAACUACGUUUGUGUUGCCACCAAUGCGGCAGGGAGAGAUAUGAAGGACAUUCACCUCCAUGUGUAUCUCCCACCCUCCAUUAAAUACCAUGGUGACAGUUACUCUGAGGCCAUCACAAUCCGUGCUGGAGAGACAGCGACUCUCAGAUGUGAAGCAGAAGCAGUACCAGUCCCUACUGUUAUGUGGUAUAAGAAUGAUCACCAUCUGGCUUUGGUAAAUGGAACCCAUAUCCUAUCUGACGGUCAAAUACUCCAAAUACAAGAUGCUCAGGUUACAGAUUCUGGGCAUUAUAUGUGCAAUGUUGCCAACCUGGCUGGACACAUGAAAAGGACCUUCAGGCUGAAUGUACACUCCCCACCAACUUUUGAAGAGCCUUUAGAAGAGAUUAUUAAUCAGACAGCUGGCAAUGCCUUUGGCCUAUCAUGCCAGUCAUUGGGAGUUCCACCACCCACAAUCACUUGGUUCAAGGAUGGAGAACUAUUAGACAGUAGUAACAGCCAGGAUUGGCAUAUCUUAUCCAGUGGUAGUAGACUCCAAACCAUCCAGUUGCAGAUUUUCCAUUCUGGGAAUUACUCCUGCUUGGCAAGGAAUUCUGAGGGAGAAGUUCGUAAACAUUUCUCACUCUUCAUUCAAGUGCCACCAAGCAUUCUUGGCUCAACUGUGCCUACUGAAUAUGAUGCCAUAGAGAAUGAAGAUGUGAAAUUGGAGUGUGUGGCUACAGGAGAACCAAAACCCAUUCUAAAGUGGUUCAAAGAGGGCCAACCAUUAGAAACACUGACAAAAGCACACUUCAACUUGACCUCAGAUGGUAGCUCCUUGGAUAUAAAAGGAAUUUUGGUUUCAGACACAGGAAUAUACACUUGUGUGGCAUGGAAUCCUGCUGGAGAAGAGACAAAAAUGUACAUACUCAAUGUACUCAUACCUCCGAAUAUCAGUGGGGUCUCCACCCAUCCUGAGAUCAUCACGGUAGUGCCGAAUGCAGCGGUUACACUUGAAUGCAGAGCUGCUGGUGCCCCUCCUCCACAGCUCACCUGGUUAAAAGAUGGAUUACCACUUCCCAUCUCAUCCCAUGUGAGGCUGCUGUUGGCUGGUCAGAUCCUGAGGAUUGCUCACGUUCAGAUUUCUGACGCUGGAACCUACACCUGUGUCGCUGUGAGUCAGGCAGGCAUGACAGAGCGGAAUUACCAACUGCAAGUUCAAGUUCCACCCAGGUUUGAGAAUUCUGGAGACUCUGAAGAAAUGAUGGUCGUCAGAGGAGCUUCUGUGUCUUUCACAUGUGAUACUGGUGGAAUUCCACCCCCUGUGUUCUCCUGGUUAAAAGAUGGUGAACUGCUGGUGCUCAAUGACCUGAGUCUCAAGAGUCAUGAGAUGAAGCUGCAGCUACCCUCUGUGGACAUAAGUGACUCUGGAUGGUAUUCCUGCAUUGCUGUGAAUGAUGCAGGCAAGGCUACAAGACACUUCAACUUGGUUGUCAUGGAGCCGCCACAGAUUUCGGACUCUGAGAUGCCACAGCAAGUGUCUGUUGUGCUAAGUAGCCUACUGGAGUUGGUGUGCACAGCAAUAGGAGUCCCUGCUCCUGAAAUAAGCUGGAUGAAGGACGGAGUGCCUCUUGAUGGAACAGGCUCGGUGCUGAAUGAUGGAAAGGUGCUCCGGAUAGAAAGGGUGCAGGUAGAAGAUGCUGGAUUGUAUACCUGUCUAGCAGCAAAUCUGGCUGGUGAGGAUCAGCUGCAAUAUUUAGUCAGGAUAAAUGUUCCUCCAAAUAUCAUUGGCUCCAGUGAUGCUCAGAUGGUCACUUUGUUGGCUGAAGAACAGCUAACACUGGAAUGCAAGUCUGAAGCUGAUCCGCCUCCCGUUGUUCAAUGGUUCAAGGAUGAUGUACUAUUACAGGCAAAUGCUCAUAUCCAGAAUGUGCCAGAUAGACAAUACUUGUUGAUCGAUAAUGUUGGACCAUCAGAUGCUGGCAUGUACAGUUGCCUUCUUAGCAACAUUGCAGGUCAAAUGACUCAUUCCUUCAAUGUCGUUAUUCACGUUACACCGACAAUUAAAGCCAACUCCCCGUCACUGUCAGUCAUUAUCAACCAGGUUGCUUUAUUGGAAUGUGAGGCCGAAGGCAUUCCAAAACCAACAGUCACUUGGAGAAAAGAUGGCAAUUUGCUGCCUACAGGCAGUCCCAGGUAUGACUUUCUUUCUGAGGGAUCUCUACAGAUCCACUCUGUCCAGGUUUCGGAUGCUGGCCAUUAUCUUUGCACAGCUUCAAAUGCAGUUGGAACAGAUCAUCAUAGGAUCGAACUACAAGUUUUGGGUGCUCCCAUCAUCAGUCCUGCUUCAACUAACAUCACUGCUUUGGCAAAUGUUCAAGCAGAGUUGAGCUGUGAGGUUUCAGGAACCCCUAAACCUGAGGUGAUCUGGAAGAAAAAUGGUAAACCUCUGAACUUUAAGCUGCAACAGAACAUGUACAGGUUGUUGCCUUCGGGAUCGCUGGUGAUCAUUUCGGCCACCACUCAGGAUACAGCACUGUAUGAGUGUGUGGUGUCUAAUGAGGCAGGUGAUUCCCACAGGCUCAUCCAAUUCACGGUCCACGUUCCCCCAUCGAUCGCUGAUGACUCUCCAAGUGUUACAAUCACUAAAAUGUCCUCGGUGGUGUUGACAUGUCACACAACUGGAAUUCCAGAGCCUGCAGUGAGCUGGAUGAAGGAUGGAGCUCAAAUGGGGAACCGAGGACCAGGGUACAAAAUCCUGCCCACAGGAAGUCUGGAAGUUACCACAGCAACCCUGAGCCAUGCUGGCAACUACAUGUGUACAGCUCGUAAUGUGGUGGGGACAGCACACAGACAUGUAACACUAAUUGUGCAAGAGCCUCCUGUUAUCAAGCCCCUACCUUCCACAGUGGAAACUGUAGUGAAUAGAAGUAUUAUCCUGCCCUGUGAGUCAACAGGCACGCCAAGACCCAGUAUUACCUGGCAGAAAGAGGGUGCCACCAUCACAAACACAGGUUAUCUCUUACUGGCUAAUGGAGCACUGGAGAUCACCAGAGCCACAGAGGAGUAUUCAGGGAAUUACAUGUGUAUUGCCCAAAAUCCAGCUGGCACUGCUCUGGGCAAGACAAAACUGGUGGUCCAAGUUCCCCCAAUUAUCAAAGCUCACAGCAGGGAAUAUAAAGCCACCAUUGAUCAUCCUGCAACUUUACCAUGCGAGGCAGAGGGGCACCCACAACCAGAGGUAACAUGGGUAAAAGAUGGCCGCACCAUUGCUAACCAGAUGCGCCUGCAAACAUUUGCAAAUGGAUCCCUACAGAUUCUACCGAUCAAGCUUGCGGAUGCAGGAUGGUACACAUGUGUUGCCAGGAACAAGGCAGGGGUGGUCAGCCUGGACAUGAUUCUUCUGGUGCAGGUUCCACCAUCAAUUGUAAUUGGUCAGUCGGAAUUGUCAGUGUUGGAGGAUUCGCAGGCUCUUUUGCCCUGUGUAACUCAGGGAUCACCGGCACCUGUGGUAUACUGGGAGAAGGAUGGUGUUGCAGUGCCAGAUGUUUCAGGAAAAUUCACUGCAUUGCAGUCUGGAGAACUGAUUGUGGAAAAUACAACGCCAGAGGAUGCCGGUGUCUACACCUGCACAGCAGUGAGUGCAGCCGGGAAGGCCAGCCAUGAUAUCCGCCUGUUUGUAAGUGUUCAACCAGCAUUCACGGAACUCCCUGCAGAUGUGUCUCUGCACAAAGGGGAAAGGCUUUUAUUGACAUGUGCUGCAAAGGGCCUUCCAAUUCCACUCAUCAGCUGGAAUUUCAAUAACAAACCUAUAACAGUGAAAGAUUCUGGGAAAGAAGGUCGGAGUGAGCUGAUAAUAGAAAAGGUAUCCAAAGAACAUUCUGGUACUUACGUGUGCACAGCAGAAAGUGAUGUAGGAAUGAUCAAGGCAGUUGGAUUUGUCUAUGUGAAAGAGGCACCAGUACUCCAAGGUGAGGUCACUGCUUACCAGACGGAGCCCCUGGGAGGGAAUGUUGUUUUGAACUGUGAUGCCCAUGGAGAUCCAGCACCAUCAAUAAACUGGAAUAAAAAUGGCAGACCUCUCACUGUUAGUAAUCGCAUUCGACAAAUGAAUAAUGGUUCAUUGGCCAUCUAUGGGACAGUGAAUGAAGAUGCCGGAGAUUACAAGUGUGUUGCUGAAAAUGAAGCUGGAGUAGUGGAAAGGAAAGUCACUCUGAUGUUGCAGAGUGCACCUGUGUUCACUGUGGAACCUUUGGAUACAGUUGUGAGUGUAGGGGACAGGGUCUUAUUGCAUUGCCAGGCAGCAGGUGAGCCUUCACCCACAGUGGAGUGGACCAAAAAUGGACACCCGAUCAGAGAGAAUGGGCGCCUGGUUGUGUUACAGAAUUCCACGCUGCAAAUCCUCUCUGCUGUGAAGGAAGACACAGGAGAAUACGAAUGUGUAGCCCGGAAUCUCAUGGGAUCUUCCUUUGUAGGAAUAACAGUAACUGUGCAAGUGCAUGGUGGAUUUUCAGAAUGGUUGAACUGGGGACCCUGCAGUGUUACCUGUGGCCAAGGGAUCAAAGAGCGAAUCCGUUUGUGCAACAAUCCUUUACCAGCCAAUGGAGGAAGAUCAUGUCAUGGCUGGGAUGUAGAGUCAAGGCAAUGUAAUGCAAAGCCUUGUCCAGUUCAUGGGCAGUGGUCCCUCUGGGGUGCAUGGGAAGGAUGCUCCCAAAGCUGUGGACAGGGAAACCAAACCCGUAGGCGAAGCUGCAGUGACCCACCCACACAGCACGGAGGUCGGCCAUGUGAGGGGAAGGCGACUGAGGUGAAAAAAUGCAUCUUUGUUCCAUGUCCUGUGGAUGGACAGUGGACAGCUUGGAACAGCUGGUCACGUUGCUCAGCUUCCUGUGGAGGAGGAGUCCACCAGCGGACCCGUUCAUGUUUUGAUCCACCGCCUCAGUAUGGAGGCAAUCUAUGUGAAGGAAGUGAUGUUGAUGUAGUACUGUGCAACAAUGAGCCGUGCCCAGUGAAUGGGAACUGGGGCUCCUGGAGCUCCUGGAAUCCAUGCAGUCAGACCUGUGGCAGCGGACAAAGCAAGCGUUACCGAUCAUGUAGCAACCCAGCCCCUGCCAAUGGUGGCAAUAUUUGUCCAGGGGUAAAUGUGCAGAUGCAGCGCUGUGGUAUAGACCUGUGCCCUGUGAAUGGUGGUUGGAGCCCAUGGCAACCAUGGAGUGAAUGUUCAGCUUCUUGUGGAGGAGGGACACAGUUGAGAAAACGGCAGUGCAACAGUCCUCCCCCGAAAGGCAAUGGAAGAGGCUGCCCUGGAGAGAGUUUCCAAACAGCCAGCUGCAGCUACCACCCAUGUCCAGGUGUUCCAGGGAGAGCCAGGGGCAGUCUGAUUGGAAUCAUUAAUGACAAAGAAUUUGGAAUCGCAUUCCUUGAUGCAAACAUCACAGCAAACGCAGCUGCAGGCACUACAACCCUUCAGGCAAACAUUCAGAACAUUCCAAGCACAAUCGGUCCCCUGGUAAGAGUACUCGCCUCAGUAUUUACCCCCAUUUAUUGGUCGGUGGCCUUUCCUGCACCAGGCACAGCGAAUGGCUUCACUCUGACUAAAGGAGUUUUCAGGCAAGAAUCUCAAAUGGAGUUUGCAACAGGUGAGAUCCUACGAAUGACGCACGUUGCCCGGGGAGUAGACACAGACGGUGUCCUACUGUUUGACAUAGUGAUCAAUGGUUAUAUCCCCAGAAACAUAGAGAGUGCAGACAUUGCUGUGAAGGAUUUCAGUGAAAAGUAUGUCCAAACGGGUCCAGGACAACUCUAUGUUUCAUCAACCCAAACAUUCCUUAACAAUGGCUCCCCUGUUUCCUUCCACUGUAACCACACCACUGAGUAUGAGUCUGGGAUGGGCAACCAGCCUUCACCCUUUCAGAUUUUGAAGGCUGAGUACAUCUCUGUCUUCUACAAUGUGAAGAUGGAGGAACUGAAUUUCAGGAUCACUGUCUCCUUCCAGAAGGGUUCCACUGAAGGUCAGUGUCCAAGAGGAUAUAUCCUUGAUUCAUCCUCGUAUUGUACAGAUAUUGAUGAAUGUCAGCUUGGGAUUCACAUGUGUCACUUUGGGCAAAAUUGUCAAAACGAGGCUGGCUCAUAUCGCUGUCUGGUGCGAUGUGGGAUUGGUUUUAAGCAGUCAGCUGAAAGAGCUCAUUGUGAAGAUAUUAAUGAAUGUGAGGAGUCAGCCAACCCACCCUGUCAACAGCGCUGCCUCAAUGCUGUUGGUACCUACCGAUGUGGCUGUGAUCCUGGUUAUCAGCGCAGGGGACAGCAUUGUGUCGAUAUCAACGAGUGCAACAUGAACGUGUGCCGGCCAGACCAGGAGUGCCAGAACACCGAGGGAGGAUACCAAUGCACAGAGAGCUGCCCUCAUGGCACCAUGCGAUUACCCAGUGGAACCUGUGGUGAUGUUGACGAGUGUAAAACAGGGGACCACCUGUGUCGAUACAAUCAGAAGUGUGAGAACACAGCAGGAAGUUACCACUGCAGCUGUCCUCCUGGUUAUCGCUCACAGGGUGUGGGAAGACCAUGUCUGGAUGUCGAUGAAUGCCAACAGAUUCCCAAGCCCUGUGUCUACCAAUGUCGAAACCUGGUUGGCAGCUACAAGUGCCUGUGUCCUCCUGGAAAGCGGCUACAGGGUGAUGCCAAGUCCUGUGCUGGAUUGGAAACGCCUAAACUGAGCAACAGCACAAUCACAAGCUUCAGACCCCAAUUAGUCUCCAUCAGUCAAUAUAGCCACAGCCAGCAGACCAGCCAGAACCAGAUUAACCCCUUCUACACCUGGCUGGGCUGGAAGAUGAACCGGGAAUUUGAGACACAAGACAACAGGAAGUCCUGUCCCACUGGAUACAGAAAGAGGAAUGGGGUCUGUACAGAUAUCAAUGAAUGCCAGACUUGGCAUGUCUGCCAGCAUGAUUGCAAGAACACCCAGGGCAGCUACCAUUGCAUUUGCCCAUCCGGCUAUCGACUGCUGCCCAAUGGUAGAAACUGCCAGGAUAUUGAUGAAUGUCAGGAACAGAAUAUCAAAUGUGGGCCGAACCAGAUGUGUUUCAACAUGAGAGGCAGCCACCAAUGUAUAGAUACGCCAUGUCCAGCCAGCUACCGGAGGGGAGCCAGCCCAGGGACCUGUUACCGACGCUGCAUCCUCCACUGUUCAGCUGGUCCCCUGGCAUUUCAGUACAAGCUGCUGACCCUCCCUCGAGGAAUCCCAGCCAAGCAUGAUGUGAUCCGACUGUCAGCGUUCUCAGAGCGUGGUGUGCUACAGAGCAGGACCAACUUUACUGCCAUUGAGCAGGAUGUGGCAAGUCCCUUUGCCAUUCGCACUGACCGGGGUCAUGGGAUCGUGCACACUCUGCACCCCCUGAUGGAACCCAGGGUGUACCGCCUGAAAGUGCGUGCUACCACCUUCAGCGAGCAGGGGCCACUGAAGUACCAGAGUGUAUUUGUCAUUGUCAUUGCUGUGUCCCCAUACCCUUACUAAGGCCAACAGCAGCUUCUGCAUGGAGGGAUGUGUAUUCUUUAACUAUUUUACAAAACAAAGUGCUUAUUUUUUUUCCUCCGAAAGGCUCCGCUUUUUCACCUGGCGACAAUGACUUGCCAAGUCUUCCAAGCUCCACACUUUUCAUACCACGUGAAUACCUCUUGUUCAGAGUUACGGAUCAAUGUUUAAGACCCGAUGUGAAACUAAAUUCUAUUAAUCUGUUUAUGGGUGGGUUAACACCAGAGACACAAUGAGUCCCAACAUUACUGUUCAAAAAAAACAGCACGGUUUAUUAUACAGUGUCCUGAGGAUAGAUAUUAAGACUGUAUAUGAGUGCAGUCCAUACUACUCACUGAGUAGUUUGGCAAAGACAUCCCCAGUGUAAAAGCUAUAGUUUGAGAAUGUGCCACCCCCUCACCCCACAUCCUCAGUUUGAUUUGGGCUGAAUUGGGAAGAGCUACAGGAUGUUCCACCAUUUGUAAGUACUGAGCACCAUCUCCUCAGAGUAGUCCAGGAGCUGACAAGGAGCAUCUCAAUUCUGGCAAACGCCCACUGCCCGAGCAGGCAAGGAUAAGUGAUGCCCUUGCAAACAAGACAUUCAGUAUAUUUAACAGGUACGGUGUUUUCUUAGUAUUCAGUGGGGCAGAAUGCUGGACAGGAUGUGCUCCCCAUAGACUUGCUACCUGUUUUAUGGGAGAGAUUGGUGUCUUCAACGAAUUGCGAUUGAGCUUAAGGAUAACCCAUACAAAUCCUGGUAAACAUUUAAUGUUCUCAAUUUGACAUGCUUUCCAAAGGACUUGCUUAAAAAUAUUUUGAAGUUAUCCCUUUUUCUUUUCUUGGCACUUAACCAAACAGCCUGUUUGAAAGGCCAUUCAAUCCUCUGUAGCAGCUGUAUGUGAGGAUCUGCCAGAAGAUUUAAAAACGCCUUUAGGAUCUAUUCACACAGGACCUGUAUGGUGUGGUGUAGAUCCUCUGUAUAUUGCAAUGGAAGUAUUGGUGUUGUCCUUGUCCACUUGCUACUUACAUCACUGAAAAGGUUAUAGUUGAGGUAUGGGAUUAUCAUAUCCAUUGCCUUUAUCACACAGGGAAUAGCUGGCACAGAUUCUCUGGUACUUCCCCACUCAGCGUUCCUCACUUUGAUGUUCAACCAUUCAACGUUUUGACCGCUCCCACUGGAGUUCUAUCCCCUUAUCUUGUCUUCCUCUCUGUCAUUAAUACCUUCAAAAUCUAUUUUUUCAUUGCACUUUCAGUCAACUCUGCUGUAAGUUCUGUCACUUAGUUGAUGUACUCCUAAAUCCUUUACAUUCAAUCUCCCUCUCCUACUCUGCUGCUAGGACCACCUCACACACAUCACACCACUUCCUGCCUCAGUAAGC